CGAUGUAGAAUGAGUUUCGCGCUAUUCUCAGAGCUUUUUCUGUAACCGGAAAUCUGAGCUUCAGUUUCCGUUUGCUUUGGAUUUUUGUUAAAAAGUAAAUUGGUCAGGAAAACUACAUCCACUUCUAGUGAUUAAUUUAAUUGUUUCAUCUUGUUAGGUUUCAAAUAAACUUCUAAAUUAAAUUUCACAAUGGCUGGAAGUAACACUGGAAUCAAUGUUAGUCGAGAUCUUCUUUGGCUUUUCACCAAGAACCAUAAUUGUCAUAUUUACAAACAAAAAGGAAUCAAAGUUCCAUUUUCCAAGGAUCCCCUUAACCCUAAGGGUGUACAAUCUCUCCGAUGGCAUGGAAGUAUUCAAAGGAAAAGCUUGUCUGUCACAUCUCACCCAAAGGGUAAAGGUGUUGUUCUAGUUUACCGUAAGCGAAAAUACCAAAUGAUGCCCAAAAAAUCCCUUCAACGAGUCCCACUUUUAAAAGACAAUAGACGAGUUUAUCGUAGCAUCAAGAAAUUCGUCAAUAAAAAUUUCUACCGGACCGAUCUUAAGAUGUCUGUUCUUCGUAAAGCUAGUGCUCUUCUUCGAAGCCAGCAACCUCGAAUUCACAAAAAGAGAAACAAGCGAGCCAAGAAAGCCGAAUAAACUAUGAUCCACUUUUGUGUAACCUACUCGGUCAUUAAAUUGAUAUAUAAUCAUUACAAAGUUCGCUUUUUUCCCCCCAAAUCAUUUAAACGAAAAUUAUCGCGUCAACCAAACAGAUACAAAUUAAAUUUAAAAUUUGAUGAAA